AUGACAGACACCAAAGGAGACUCACCAGCUGCGCCUCCGCUUCUCAGUACAGCCGCGCUGGGAGACAUCGUCACCGUCACCGUCGGGCCGGAGAAAAAGCAGUACAAGAUCUACAAGGACCUCAUCUGCUAUCACUCCGAGUACUUCCGCAAAGCGUUCAAUGGCCCGUGGAAGGAAGCCGAAGAGGGAGUGGUGCUUGACGACGUCGAGGUCGGCGUCUUCAACAUAUUCGUGGACUGGCUGUAUACGCAAACAAUCCCCCGACAGACAGAGGAAUGGGCUCGUAUCUCCGGGAUGAUCGACCCCACCGACAAACACGCGGGUUGGAAGGUAGACCUCCACAGGCUCAAGGCAUGCGUCUUUGGCGACCGCUUUUUUGCCCCCAAUUUUCACGACGCUGUCCACAAUCUCUUCGUUGACGAACUGGUCGCUCAAAAGGGCGGGGCGUGGUACGAAUAUGUCAUUUUCGCUUUUACCAAUCUGCCGGAGGAUAAUGAGAUUCUGAAGCUCCUGGUCGACAAGCAAUGCGCCUCCUGGAGCCCUUCUCAGGAUGAUAAUAAUGAUGAGAAAAGCCUCCAUCCUCAGCUUCCGCAUAGCUUCCUCCUCCGCUAUAUGCUCUCGCAUGCCGAAGUCCGAUCGAACUUGGUCGCCAGCGGCAAAUUGGAAGCCUGCUCUUAUCAUCGCCAUGCCUCGGACGAAGAGCGCAAGCAAUGUCAAAAGCCAAAGGAUACCGACACUUACCGGGCUCGAUAACACAGUCCUCAGAGAAGAGUCUAUGAUGAUCCGGGUAAGGGUGGAAAAUGACCGUCUUGCUUCAUGAAGCAAUAGCGAGUCGAGAAAUCUGGAUAUGUGGGAGUUUGAGAAAUGACGAAUGGCAAAUUAUGCAGAGGCGGACCUUGUUUCCUUAGUUGUGUAGCAAUGAAGCCUCUCGUUGCAUUUGAGCUUGCUUUUCUAGCAAUCUCAUGAGAGUAUUUGAAGGAACAUGAUGAAAUGGCCGCGUUCGUCUGCAGCAUGGCCCCUGGCUCCAAAUUCAGCCAUCUUGGUCUUUCCUGUUCCUUGCUUUUCGUCCGUGGUCGUCUCCGGAAACCUAAAAUCCCGUAGGAAUGAUCGAGGG